UCCGGGAAGGAGGACGGAGAAGGACCUGCGCGCGGCGGUUCCUGCGGCCGCGAGGGAGGCCAUGGCCGCGGGGGCCUGGGGGCUGCGGCUCUGUCGGGCCGCCCCCGGUGGCGGGCCCGGCUGGAGAUUUAUAGCAACAUCGCCAGCUUCUCAGCUGUCACCGACCGAACUGAUAGAAAUGCGGAAUGAUGUCUUUAAUAAAGAGAAAAACAGGCAGUUAUCAUUAACGCCCCGCACGGAGAAGAUCGAAGUUAAACACGUUGGGAAAACUGACCCCGGCACUGUCUUUGUGAUGAAUAAAAACGUUUCAACUCCCUAUAGUUGUGCCAUGCAUUUGAGUGAGUGGUACUGCAGGAAGUCCAUUCUGGCUCUCGUGGACGGGCAGCCUUGGGACAUGUAUAAGCCUUUGACCAAGUCCUGUGAGAUUCAGUUCCUUACCUUCAAAGAUCGUGAUCCAGGAGAAGUGAAUAAGGCUUAUUGGCGUUCUUGUGCCAUGAUGAUGGGCUGUGUGAUAGAGAGGGCAUUCAAAGAUGAAUAUGUGGUCAGUUUGGUCAGAGCUCCACAAGUUCCUGUAAUAGCUGGAGCCUUCUGCUAUGAUGUAGUUUUGGAUAAGAGACUUGAUGAGUGGGUGCCAACAAAAGAGAACCUGCGUUCCUUCACAAAAGAUGCUCGUGCUUUAAUUUAUAAAGAUCUUCCGUUUGAACCUCUGGAAGUUGACGCAAAAGUAGCAUUAGAAAUAUUUCAACACAACAAGUACAAAAUAGAUUUCAUAGAAGAGAAGGCAUCUCAGAACCCUGAGAGAAUAAUCAAGCUACACAGAUUUGGUGACUUCAUUGAUGUCAGUGAGGGCCCUCUUAUUCCAAGAACGAGUAUUUGUUUCCAGUAUGAAGUGUCAGCGGUUCACAAUCUUCAAGCCACCCAGUCGAGUCUUGUACGAAGAUUCCAGGGUCUCUCUUUACCUGUUCACUUAAGAGCACAUUUUACGAUAUGGGAUAAGCUAUUGGAAAGAUCUCGGAAAAUGGUAACUGAAGAUCAAACUAAACCUACAGAGGAAAGUACAUCUCCCUAGUAACUUCCUGAAAUUUAAAUAUGUAUAGUGAAUUAAAAUAAAAGUUUUCUAUGAAA